CGAACAUAAAAGCCGCCACCCACACCUGGAGGCAUCUGGAGGCGAGUGGCGUCGCAGCCGCAGCCGCAGCCGCAGCCAGCAGCGACCAGCUCCCCGCGGCGGCGAAGCACAGGAGCGAGGGGCGUCGAGCGAGAUUGAGGCGCCGCCGAUGGACCCGCCCGACGUCGAGAUGGAGCCCGCGCAGUCCCAGCCCCAGCCUCCGCCGGCGGCGCCGGCACCGGCAACAGGGGAGGGGUGGAGCAUGCUGUCCCGCGCCCGCGCGCUGCUCGAGGAGGGCAAGCCGUCCCUCGCGCUGCAGGCGGUUCUCCUGGCCAUAAGAUCUCAAGGUGGUGAACAAGCUCUCGUCCAGACAUUGAACCGUGCGCGUGAACUCUAUACUCAGAGAUCGCAGGCCACUGCUAGUGUUGAUGAGCUCGCCUCUUUGCUUGCACAAUGUGCUAUAGCAGAGGCUCAGUCAACAAAUGCUCACCCUCCACAAGGACCUGGAUCUGACCCUGUCAUGAUGUUGGAUUCUGAUGAGGCUUGCAUUCUUGCUGAGAGUGGAAGGAAGCAGAUCAUCUUGGAUGCGUUUGCCGAUGGAAGCAGCUUCAUUUGCUUGAAAUGUGGUGGGCUAUUUAGCACAUCUCGCAAAGAUGAGCACUUGGCCUACUGGUGCGGGACUGCAUGAUCCUGGUGACAUAUCUGUGGUCACCCCAAGCGAUGAUCAUGAUACCCGUGAGAUUUUGUAAAAACAUCUUUCUCUUCCGAUUACCGCUCCUUUACUACUGGGAUGCCAGAGAUGCAUCUUCUGUUCACCGUAGCAAAUGCAUUGCCAACGCCAAACAUUAUGAAGUAAAAGAAUUCCAUCCCUAUC